AUAAAUAGUUAGCUGGAGACGAACCACAUUAAGAUCAGAGACUAGUCAGUUUCUAUCUACCUCUCUUCUGCUUGUCCGAGUUCGUGUAUGCUAAGAAGAGAGAAACUGAAAAUACUUAAUUUGGAAUCAGCAAAUAUAAAGUUAUAAGGAAAAUAAAAAAAUGGGACAUUCGAGGAAGUUCCGAGGUGUUCGCCAGCGACAAUGGGGUUCUUGGGUCUCUGAGAUUCGUCAUCCUCUAUUGAAGAGAAGAGUGUGGCUUGGAACAUUUGAAACGGCAGAAGCGGCUGCAAGAGCUUACGACCAAGCGGCUCUUCUAAUGAACGGUCAAAACGCUAAGACCAAUUUCCCUGUCGUGAAAUCAGAGGAAGGCUCCGAUCACGUUAAAGACGUUAACUCUCCGUUAAUGUCACCAAAGUCGUUAUCUGAGCUCUUGAACGCUAAGUUAAGGAAGAGCUGCAAAGACCUAACGCCGUCGCUGACGUGUCUUCGUCUUGAUACCGAUAGUUCCCACAUUGGAGUUUGGCAGAAACGAGCCGGGUCGAAAACAAGUCCGACUUGGGUAAUGCGUCUCGAACUUGGGAACAUAGUCAACGAAAGUGCGGUUGACUUAGGGUUGACUACAAUGAAGAAACAAAACGUCGAGAAAGAAGAAGAACAAGAAGCUAUUAGUGAUGAGGAUCAAUUAGCUAUGGAGAUGAUCGAGGAAUUGCUGAACUGGAGUUGACUUUGAGUUUGACUUGUUGGAAGUAUCUAAGAAAAGGAGUAAAUGGUUUUCAUUAUUUUCCGGAUUUUAAUAUUUUUUAAAGUUUAUAAUGUGAUGGAUUUUAUUUAUCGAUUAUAAGAAAAUUGUCUAAAAUACAUGUAAAACAAUGUAAUAUAUACAGAUUUGUAAUUUUUUUUUUUUUGAUGAAAGUAUACAUGCUUGUUGUAUUGAUUGAUAUAAAAGAUUGUUGGAUUUAAGUAUUCUAUUAAUAUAUGUAUUUUUUUG